AUGACUGAGCAUCAAAGAUUAUUGGAACACUUAGAAAAAGUUGAAAACAAAGCUGGUGAAAUUCUUACUGAUCGCGAGGAAAUAGUCGCUCUAGACAAAAGAAGAAAUGAUAAUCGUGUUGGAAUGAGGGCACUUCAAAAACAGUCUCAUGAUAAAACAUGGAUAACAGUGGGACCGUUGCUCUUAAAGAUGCCAUCUAAAACAGCUGAAGAACUACUUGAGAAAGAUCAGAGAGAAUGUAGUACUGCCAUUAACAAAUUAAGAAGCGACUUAAAGAUAAAAGUAAAUGAACUACGUGAUUUAGAGUUGACUCCACAGGUACCUGGAUUGAUGUUAGAACCUAUGUCUCAUCAAGAGAUGGCAGCAAUCGGACAAAUUUUUGGUCGAAGUGUCUGA